CAGCGGGUAGUGGUAAUGGUACCGUUGCGGUGGCAUCUGUGCUGUCAGUGUCAAUAAUACAGCGUGUGGUUGUAUGAGCGCAAUCGUUUUUUAACAAUUGCAUUUAACAAUAAAGAUUUUCUGCGAUCUUUUCAUUCUGCAAAAUUUUAGUUAAUUUUCAAAUUACAAAAUGAACGCACCGCCAACCUUUGAAUCAUUCCUUUUAUACGAAGGAGAAAAAAAAAUAAUUAAAGAACAGGAUACUAAAGUUCCCAAUGCAGCAAUCUUUACCGUGAAUAAAGAAGACCAUACUUUAGGAAAUAUGAUCCGCAACCAACUGUUGAAGGAUCCUCAAGUUUUAUUUGCUGGAUACAAAGUUCCACAUCCUUUAGAACAUAAGUUUGUAAUUAGGAUUCAAACUACAUCUGAUUAUACACCACAUGAGGCUUUUAUGCAUGCCAUCACAGAUCUUAUAGCAGAGCUUUCACUAUUUGAGGAACGUUUCAAGGAAGCUAUCAAAGAAAAAAAGGAAGGAUUGGAUUAAUUCAUAAUCGUUUUUUUCUUACAUGGACCUUAGAUAUUAAAUUGUGUGAAUAAAGCAUUAAAAUGUAUAUAUUCCAAGUUUUUGGAUCAUGAAGUGACCUGAUUUAAAUUAGUAAGUAAGCUGAGAAUGACAGAGAAAUUUGUACAUGUAAAUAAGUGAAUAAAACGUUUUGAAGGAG